AAGAGCAGGAAAGGAUUGAGGAAAAGAGGAGACGGGAGGAUGCGGAGAAGGCUAGAAAGGAAAAGGAAGAAAAUGAGAGGUUGGCACAGCUGAGGAGAUUGGAGGAACAGAAAAAGAUUGAAGAAGAAGAGAAGUUAAGGAAAGAAGAGGAGGAGAGGAAGCUGAAGGAGGCGCAAAGAGCUGCUGAACUGAUCUCUACAAAUCCAUUUGAUGAGGAAACUCCCAACUUUUCCUCUGAAUCUCAGAACCAAAGAGGCAAAGAGGAAACUGUAAAUCAAAGAUGUGAUCCGGCUCUGGUUUCGGAAGGAAGCCGCCCCGUUUCCUGUGAAGAAACGGACCCGAUUAGGACUCAGAGGGAGAAGAGGCCAGCUCCUCGACCUCCUGGAAGUGACCAAGAUGGGAGCCAAAGAUGGAAAGCGCAGGAUGUAGCUGAGCAGGCACAAAUUAACAAGCUAAACCCAGAGAGUGACGUCAAAACUGGCAACGUGGUCUCUGCGCGCUUGAUGAAAAAGAUCCCUCUGCAGAACAAGCCUCCGGCAGACUCGAAAAACACGCAAAGCUCAACUCCAACCUCUGAAAUCCUGACAGCCAAACAUGGCAAACGCCCUGCACCGACUAGACCUCAACCUGCUGCAAAAGACUCGUCUGAAUUGAAAACAAUUUCUUCUGCCGGCAAAAUUCCCCAAAUGGGUGCAACUGAGAAAGAACAAGUUUUGCCUAUUCACGGCUUAAACCCAUUUGAGGAUGAACUCUCAGAUCAAGAGGAUUCCUCCGUCUCUGCUCCUGUUUGCUGGCCUCCAGCGCUGACGGCAGAUGGAGCAAAACUCAAAUCCUCCAAGAUGGCUCGUGCUCCUGCACCGCCCGCUAAGAGUGAUGCCAGCGGUGGAGACGAUCUCAUAAAUAAAGGAUUAGCUGACACAAAUGACCAACAACGUGACGGUGCAGGUCACAUGCAUGUGAACAAUGGUCCAAACAAAGACUCUCAGCACAUGAAAACACCAGAAAAACCUCCAAGUUCACGCAGACUUCUUCCAGUGAAACCUCUUCAUCCUUCCGAUCAGCCCUCUACUUCACCUUUUCAAGAAGAUACCAAAUCUCCAGGAAUCGGCUACGAACUGCAGGCUAAAAAUAAGGCUGAUGAUACUGUGAUGACAGGACCGUACUCCCAGCUGACCAGGGAGGAACUGAUCUGUCUGGUGUUGAAACAGGAGAGCCAGCUCUUGGAGAAACAGGGGAAGAUAUCAGAGCUGGAACAGUAUAUCGACAACUUACUGGUGCGCGUCAUCGAGGAGCAGCCAAGUAUCCUGAUGUCCUUGUCUGCCGUCCCUAAGAAAGUUGCCUAAGUUUACUUUAUUCUUGCAGUAUGUGUGUUUCUUUUAGUGUGAGUUUGUUUCCUAACUUUACUUCUUAAAGAAUUUUUCAUUAAGAAGGCUUUGGUACUUGAUCUGUCUUUGUAGCUGCUUUACAUCAAGGUUGAUACUUUGAGAAAUGAAUAUGAGAAAAUUGAAACAAAUUAAUUUCUUGAUCUGACAGUAAAAGCUCAGAUUUUCUGUGUCUAAUUGUUUAACAAUCUAAAUGCCCUCAUGCGAGUAUAUAAUUUUCUUUUUCUUAUUAUACUGUACGUGAUGGCAAAACAAAAUGAUUCAUAAUGUCUUUUUUUUCUUCCAAUGAAAAAUAGCUUUUACUACACUGUUGAACAACACACCUGUAAAGGAUGUUUUUCUGUCCUAAAUGUUAAAGAUUUAAAUAAUUUGCCAAUUUCAAAUGCACUUUAAUCAGCCUCUUGAAACUGAAAUGUUAAAUACUGAAUUACUGUAUCAUUAAAUUACUGCUGUAUUCUAUUUUUUGAAAUAAAAGUAACAUUUUAAACA